GGCCGUCGAUUUCUGGAGGCUGCCGUCUCCAACGGGAUUUUUUCCAGGUUCCUUUUUGCCCACCAGCACUUGGGAAUACUGGCGUCUUUUUGCGGAUAGCCUACAGCACUAAAUUCCACUGCGUCGUGCAUUCCUCCUUGCUAGUAGGGCAACGUGAGAUGAUGCGAUGCCGGGGUGGAAUUUCACUAAGAAAAAAAAAGAGACAGAAUGAUAGAGUGAGAGAGAACGACGACGAGGGAGAAACAGGAAAAGGAAAUGAAAGAAAGAAAAAUACAGUGCUCACGAGAGAAAAGAGAGCAUGGGUAGGAAAAGAUUGGUGCUGUGGUAUGUGCAACAACUGGACACGUGCGCAUACUCCCGUUCUCGUCUCUUUGCGGUCUUCUUCUUCUCUUUGCGCAGAUAUGCUCAGCACUGCCCAGUCAGCUGGCUUCGUCCUGCUACUUCGACAGCGCCCGUACUCUUCCAAUCCCCGGUUUCGAGGGUCAUCAGGACACUACAUCCCGCUGUUUGGGGGCCGCAGUGACAGCUCCCUCAUCCCAUCCAUCAGUCGCAACGAUAAUUGAAUACAUAUUCAUGGACCAAAUGUGGGGGUCCCCAAGUGUCACGCCCACCAACAAUAGCCAUGGCGGCUCGCCAGUUGGGGUCAGGUUA